GGGGUGUCGCCGCCAGCGCAGGACGACGUCGACGCGGAGCCGCGGGCGGCCGAGGCGUGCUGCUGUCGCGCCCACUCCCCUCCCUCGAUCUCGACCCCGACGUCAGGGCGAUGGAGUGAAGCGCGGCGAAGGUGGCACUUCCGCGUUGCGCCGCCGGACCGAGGCGGCCGCCGCUCUCCCGCCACCGGGGGCACUUGGAGGACUCCCACUUCCCCGCAGGUCGGCGCCCGGCGCCCGCGACUUCGAACCCGACCAUAGGACGACCAACGCGGCAGAAGCGCCGCCGCCCGAUCCUCGCUGUGUCAGGCCCGGAGGCCGCUGCGCAUCCGCUGCGACCUGGAACCAGGGACCCGCGUCCCGACCCGGAUUAUCGUGGCGCGUUUCUCGGCCGGCCCUGCUGCUUGCUACCCCUCUGCCGCGGCCGCCGCCGUCCCCCUUCCCGGCGGGGGACAUGGCCAGGGUCUGACCCGGAGGAGGCCGCACCCGCGCCGCGCUCUGCGGCGGGCUCUAGGCGAUGCCGAGCAGCUCGGACACGGCGCUGGGGGGAGGCGGGGGCCUGAGUUGGGCCGAGAAGAAGUUGGAGGAGCGCCGCAAGCGGAGGCGAUUCCUGUCCCCUCAGCAGCCGCCGCUGCUCUUGCCGCUCCUGCAGCCGCAGCUCCUGCAACCGCCGCCGCCCCCGCCGCCUCUGCUCUUCCUGGCUGCCCCCGGCGCGGCCGCCGCCGCAGCCGCCGCCGCCGCGGCCUCCUCCUCCUGCUUCAGCCCGGGCCCCCCUUUGGAGGUCAAGCGGCUGGCGAGAGGCAAGAGGCGCCCGGGAGGGCGGCAGAAGCGGCGCCGCGGACCCCGCGCCGGGCAGGAGGCGGAGAAGCGCCGGGUCUUCUCGUUGCCCCAGCCGCAGCAGGACGGCGGUGGCGGUGCCAGUAGCGGCGGGGGUGUGACCCCGCUGGUGGAGUACGAGGAUGUGAGCUCCCAGUCCGAGCAGGGGCUGCUGCUGGGGGGCGCCAGCGCGGCAACGGCGGCGACGGCUGCCGGGGGAACGGGGGGCAACGGCGCGAGUCCGGCCUCCUCCUCCGGCACGCAGCGGCGCGCGGAGGGGUCGGAGCGCAGGCCGCGCCGGGACCGUCGCAGCAGCAGCGGCCGCAGCAAGGAGCGCCACCGCGAGCACCGGCGGCGCGACGGCCAGCGCAGCGGCAGCGAGGCCUCCAAGGCCCGAGGGCGGCACGGCCACAGCGGCGAGGAGCGGCCGGACGCCGCCAAGAGUGGCAGUAGCAGCAGCAGCGGCGGGCGCCGCAAGAGCGCCUCGGCCACGUCCAGCAGCAGCAGCAGCCGCAAGGAGCGAGACCUCAAGGCCCAUCGCAGCCGGACUAAGUCGUCCAAGGAGACGCCUUCGGCCUACAAGGAGACGCCCAAGGCCUACCGGGAGGACAAGAGCGAGCCCAAGGCCUACAGGCGGCGGCAGCGGUCCCUGAGCCCGCUGGGAGGCCGGGACGACAGCCCGGUGUCCCACAGGGCCUCGCAGAGCCUCCGCAGCCGCAAGUCGCCGAGCCCGGCGGGAGGUGGCAGCAGCCCCUACUCCCGGCGGCUGCAGCGCUCCCCGAGCCCCUACAGCCGGCGCCGCUCCCCCAGUUACAGCCGCCACAGCUCCUACGAGCGGGGCGGAGAUGUCUCCCCCAGCCCGUACAGCAGCAGCAGCUGGCGGCGCUCGCGCAGCCCCUACAGUCCAGUGCUCAGACGGUCUGCCAAAUCCCGAAGCAGAAGCCCAUAUUCAUCUAGGCAUUCAAGAUCACGUAGCAGGCACAGAUUGUCUAGAUCCAGAAGUCGGCAUUCUAGCAUUUCUCCUAGCACACUAACUCUGAAGAGUAGCCUGGCAGCUGAAUUGAACAAGAAUAAAAAGGCUAGAGCUGCAGAGGCAGCAAGGGCUGCAGAGGCUGCGAAGGCUGCAGAGGCAGCAAAGGCUGCAGACACAGCUGCCAAAGCUGCCAAAGCCUCAAAUGCUUCUACACCUACCAAGGCGAAUACAGAAACUGGUGCCAGUGCAUCACAAACCAACCAUGUGAAGGAUGUGAAGAGACUUAAAACUGAGCUUGCACCUUCUCCCUCAAGUGGUGGAACUUUAAAAAAUGACAAAGUAAAAGCAAAGCCACCUCUUCAAGUAACAAAGGUAGAAAAUAAUUUGAUUGUUGAUAAAGCCACCAAGAAAACAGUUGUAGUUGGGAAAGAGAGUAAAUCUGCUGCUACAAAGGAAGAACCAGUAUCUACUAAAGAGAAAACCAAACCACUUACACCAAGUAUAGGAGCCAAGGAGAAGGAGCAACAUGUGGCUUUAGUGACCUCUACAUUACCACCAUUACCUUUGCCUCCCAUGCUGCCUGAAGAUAAAGAUGCUGAUAGCUUAAGAGGCAACAUUUCUGUAAAAGCAGUUAAAAAAGAAGUGGAAAAGAAACUCCGAUGUCUGCUUGCUGAUUUACCACUGCCCCCUGAGCUACCAGGAGGAGAUGAUCUUUCAAAGAGUCCAGAGGAAAAGAAAACAGCAACACAACUGCACAGUAAAAGGAGGCCUAAAAUAUGUGGGCCUCGCUAUGGUGAAAUCAAAGAAAAAGAUAUUGACUGGGGAAAACGCUGCGUGGAUAAAUUUGAUAUCAUUGGAAUUAUUGGAGAAGGUACUUACGGACAAGUUUACAAAGCCAGGGAUAAAGACACCGGAGAAAUGGUAGCCUUAAAAAAAGUACGUCUGGAUAAUGAAAAGGAGGGCUUUCCAAUUACAGCAAUUAGAGAAAUUAAAAUUCUGCGGCAACUUACCCAUCAGAGUAUCAUCAAUAUGAAGGAAAUAGUGACUGAUAAAGAAGAUGCUUUGGAUUUUAAGAAGGAUAAAGGUGCAUUUUAUCUGGUGUUUGAAUAUAUGGACCAUGAUCUGAUGGGACUACUGGAAUCAGGCUUGGUUCAUUUUAAUGAAAAUCAUAUAAAGUCUUUUAUGAGACAGCUCAUGGAAGGUCUGGAUUAUUGUCAUAAGAAAAACUUUUUGCAUAGGGAUAUUAAGUGUUCAAACAUCCUUCUAAAUAAUAGAGGGCAGAUAAAACUUGCAGAUUUUGGACUUGCUCGAUUAUAUAGCUCUGAAGAAAGUCGACCGUAUACUAACAAGGUAAUUACUUUGUGGUAUCGUCCACCUGAACUGCUCUUGGGAGAAGAACGAUACACACCGGCUAUUGAUGUAUGGAGCUGUGGAUGUAUCCUUGGUGAGCUCUUCACUAAAAAGCCUAUAUUCCAAGCAAACCAGGAACUUGCACAGUUAGAGUUAAUAAGCCGUAUUUGUGGGAGCCCAUGUCCUGCAGUGUGGCCUGAUGUAAUCAAACUACCGUAUUUCAACACCAUGAAACCAAAGAAGCAGUAUCGCCGAAAGUUAAGAGAAGAAUUUGUUUUUAUUCCUGCAGCUGCACUCGACUUAUUUGAUUACAUGCUUGCCUUGGAUCCCAGUAAGCGAUGCACUGCUGAGCAGGCUCUUCAGUGCGAAUUCCUACGAGAUGUGGAACCCUCCAAAAUGCCUCCACCAGACCUUCCUUUAUGGCAAGAUUGUCAUGAAUUAUGGAGUAAAAAGCGAAGACGACAGAAACAGAUGGGCAUGACUGAUGAUGUUUCCACAAUUAAAGCCCCCAGAAAGGAAUUGUCCCUGGGCUUGGAUGACAGCAGGGCUAACACACCUCAGGGUGUACUGCCACCUGCACAACUGAAAUCUCAAGGCAACUCGAAUAUAGCUCCUGGUGAAAAACAGACAGAUCCAUCAACACCACAACAGGAGUCUUCAAAACCAUUGGGAGGAAUUCAGCCUUCUCAGACCAUCCAGCCUAAGGUGGAAACUGAUGCUGCCCAGGCUGCUGUACAGAGUGCAUUUGCAGUUCUGUUGACUCAGUUAAUAAAAGCUCAGCAGUCAAAACAGAAAGAUGUGCUGCUAGAAGAAAGGGAAAAUGGAUCAGGACAUGAAGCUCCGUUACAACUCAGACCACCACCUCCAGAACCCAGCACGCCGGUAUCUGGGCAAGAUGACCUCAUCCAGCACCAGGAUAGAAGGAUAUUGGAGCUGACACCAGAGUCAGACCGGCCUCGGAUUCUGCCUCCUGAUCAACGGCCUCCUGAACCUCCUGAGCCACCACCAGUCACUGAGGAGGACCUGGAUUAUCGGACAGAAAGCCAGCAUGUACCUACCACUAGUUCUUCACUGACUGACCCUCAUGCUGGAGUGAAGGCGGCCCUGUUACAGCUGCUUGCUCAGCAUCAGCCCCAGGAUGAUCCCAAAAGAGAAGCUGGUAUUGAUUAUCCCACAGGAGACACUUACGUACCCACCUCAGACUAUAAGGACAACUUUGGAUCUUCUUUCUCUUCUGCUCCUUAUGUUAGCAGUGAUGGUCUAGGAAGUAGUUCUGCAGCUGCACCUUUGGAACGACGUAGCUUCAUUGGAAACUCAGAUAUUCAAUCUUUGGAUAACUACAGUACUGCUUCAUCUCAUCCUGGUGGUCCACCUCAACCUUCUGCCUUUUCCGAGUCAUUUCCCAGUUCAGUGGCUGGAUAUGGAGACAUUUACCUCAAUGCUGGUCCCAUGUUGUUUAGUGGAGAUAAGGACCAUAGAUUUGAAUAUAGCCACGGUCCUAUUGCAGUCCUGACAAACAGCAAUGACCCUUCCACAGGGCCAGAGAGUACUCAUCCUUUGCCAGCAAAGAUGCACAAUUAUAACUAUGGUAGUAAUUUACAGGAAAAUCCAGGCGGCCCCAGCCUCAUGCAUGGACAGACCUGGACUUCUCCUGCCCAAGGACCUGGGUAUUCACAAGGCUACAGGGGACACAUUAGCACAUCAGCUGGCAGAGGUCGGGGUAGAGGGUUACCAUACUGAGUAUCUGUUUUUCCUCAGGCACAUCAUUUUUAUCUGGAAAGACUUUUCUAGCUGCAAUUUCAGGCAGCAAUCCAAGAGACUUGAAUAAUAUUAAUUCAACAACAGCUUUAUUUUUAUGUGGAAAAGGGUCUUGCAUACAAUAGUGAAAAAGAAAAAAAAAAACCUUUGCUCUUAAGUUCAUGCUGUUCUUAAAACUAGCUCUGUUGAUUGUACAUCUUCACAAAUUUUAGUUAACAAUUUUAUUUUGUAUUCUUGCAGUUUUAAGUGGAUGCUAAUCUUAGGGACAUAAUGUUUUUAUGACCCUCUUGCAGAUCUUCUGAACUAUGCACAUUUGUGCUUUUUUUGUAAGUUUGGACCAACUUUUAUGUAACAACCAACCCCUUUCCGCACCCUUCCCGUUUUACAACAAUCAGAAAGGGCACUGAUUUAUUUGGUAUUUUUUUUUUUUUUUACAAAGCUACCUUUAGUCAAAGGUCACUGUCAAGUCUUUGCACCUGCUUUCAGUGUUAAUUGUGAAAGGUGUACUUUGUGCUCAUAUCAGAAAAUAAAACACAACCUUUCUCUUGAUGCAACAGUUUUAUAUUUAAAAAAAUGGUCAAUGUUAUUUUUCUUUUGUUUUGCAGAUUACCAUUAACUCAGCAAAAAUGCAUUCAAGUGAAAUAGUGGUUUUUAUAUGGUGGGGUGGGGAGGGUUAAGUAAGUGCCUUAACAGGUAAGCUUAAGGACUGAAAAAGUAGUUAGCCCUGACACCCAUUUGUCUUUUAAAGGGAAUCAAUGCAUUAUGAAGCAGGAAGCUCUCAAUUUUUAGUGUCUGCCAGGUCAGUUCAGUUAGGUCAUUCCCUCUGCCUGUCACACUUUCUCCUUUUCUGCCUGUCUUUCUGGCUGUGUUCAUGUUUACUAUCACCUUGCCUUGAUGUAAGAAAAGAAAGGAGAAUGGCAUUCAGUACCUUUUGUUACUUCUGAGAAGUACUAAAAAAAAAAAAAAAAAAAAAUAGCAUUUGAGUGACUGAAAACAGCUAAAUGAGAAUUGUAGAGUGCUGUUUUCUUUCUUGCUACCAUGUUGACCCUAUUUCUAUUUGGAGGGCAGAAUUUUAGAAGCAAGAAUUAAUAGCAGUUUACAGAAGUGUGUUAAAGUUCAUGGAUGGAGGAGUGGCAAAAUGCCAUAUUUUAAGUUAUGUAAUUAUUUUAAGAAAAAGUAAACUUAAAGUAGAAAAAACUGCCUAGACUGAAUUUAGUGAAGCAAAAAGAAAAAGCAGAAAGAGAAAACCUCUUCCCUUCCCUCCUCACCUUUGUAAAGUUUACUGUGACUUCUGCCAGAUUAGAGCAAUGCUGUUAGGCCAUUUUAACAUUUUUUCUUUCUACAGAGAGAGAGAGUAAGUGUAAUGUUGUCCAAUCUCACUAAUGUCUUAUGCCCAUACAGAGACACAAAAGUAUAUUAAUUCUGGAAAGGAACCAAAGGUAAAUAACCAGCACUCAAAAACAGACUCUGGGAAAUUGAGAGUGUGCCAACUAACAAUUUUGUGUUAACUGUUCUAGUAACAUUUUUUAAAUUGGAAUCUUAAAUUGGAACAAUUGUUAUGGAAUUGUUAUUGAAAGCCAGUUUAACCCCGUGCCCUGUAUCUGACUUGUGAACCUGCAUUUAAAAACAUGAUUCAGGAAACAUUGGUAAGAAGAUCAUUUGCCAUUUUACUCCUAUAAAUGAGUUGUCAAUUGACCAUUUUAUUUUUUGAUGGUAUUAUUUUUGUUGAUGGUAAGAAAAAAAUUAAUGGAAGAAAAAAUAUUUCGCUUUUAUUUAAAUAUUGAAUACUAACAACUUAUAAUAAAAAUACAUUACAGGAAGUAAAGAAAUGUUUUAAAAUUUAGCAAAAUAGUUGCAGUAUUCAAGUCUCUGAAAUUUUCAUAUGGUGAGUCUUAGAGCUUCAGACUUUCCUAUAAGUGGCAGUAUCUAAAUUAUUCUCAUCGUCACACUUGAUACUUCUGCUGGCUAUAAGCAGCUAACCUAAAAUUGAAAAUAUUUAUGUGACAUGAAUAGCCUGUGUUUUAAAAAUUAAAUAUUUUAUAUAAAAUUGAA